GAUACUGCUGGAAGACGAGCUAGUGACAGAUGGGGGGCGGGGAGGGAUUAGGAACAUUAUUUUCAGGUUAAAACUCAGCCUUGCCAUUUACAGUGUGGUGCUGUUACACGAAGACAGGUUGCCAUUCCUGGACCUUCCCAGGCUCUAGUUUUAUUUAAAUGGGUCGUUUUAUAAAGUGAUAAACAGAGGAAGUAUUACUGCAUAAAAGUUUUGAUAAUACUAGUGUGUUCGUCGCGGCGGCGGUGAAACUUCGACAUUACAGGUCUACUGUACAUGCUUGUGACCGGGUGGCUUGUGGUGACGUCAGACCAGGAAGAGACAGGCUCAGCACUACUGGGUCUGCAGAUGGGUCAGAUGCUGUGGAGGGUUGCUAGAAACCAGCAGUUUCAGCAAGAAUACAGUGAGCAGGGCUACCUUCCAAGGGAGUGUGGCAGAAGAACGGCUGCUGCUGCUGAUAAUGUGAACCACCACAGACAGGGCCAAGGUGGAAUAGAUAUCUACCAGUUGUUGAAAGCUAGGAAAUCCAAGGAGGAGCAAGGGUUCAUUGACUUAGAAAUGCUUCCGCCUGAGUUGAGCAUUACUAUUCUGUCUUACCUGAAUGCUACUGACCUCUGCCUGGCAUCAUGUGUCUGGCAGGACCUAGGUAAAGAUGAGUACCUGUGGCAAGGACAGUGCAAGUCCACGUGGGGUCACUGUUCCAUAUACAAUAGGAGAUUGCCAUCUGAGUUCUCCUACAGAAAACUCUACAUGCAACUCGACGAGGGCAGUCUUACUUUCAACGGCAACCCUACUGAGGGAAUUGAGUACUUUAUGUCAAAGGGUAUUCUAAAUGACCACCCAGAGGAAGUUGCUAAGUUUAUAUUCUACACAAGAACACUAAACUGGAAGAUGUUAAGGAUAUAUCUUGAUGAAAGGAGGGAUGUUCUGGAUGAGCUUGUAACACUUCACAACUUUAGCAACCAGUUCUUGCCCAAUGCACUGCGAGAGUUUUUCCGGCACAUUCACGCACCAGAGGAGCGUGGCGAGUACCUUGAGACUCUCAUUACUAAAUUCUCACACCGCUUCUGUGCAUGCAACCCUGCUUUGGUGAGGGAGGUUGGUCUAAGUCCAGAUGCAGUCAAUGUGCUUUGCUACUCCCUGAUUCUGCUGUCCAUCGACCUGUCAAGCCCACAUGUCAAAAACAAAAUGUCAAAGCGAGAGUUCAUUCGAAACACUCGCCGUGCUGCUCAGAACAUCAGUGAGGAUUUUGUGGGGCACCUCUACGACAACGUUUACCUUAUCGGCCAUGUGGCUACUUCAUAGAACAAAACAUUGCAUGUAACAUUUACAUAAAAAGCAGCAAGGGCACAUAAAAUAUAAUCAUGCUAUAGACAAGGGGUUGUGUUAGUGCUGGUCAUUCUAACCUCUAUAAUACAAUCAAUUAAGUCUUUAUCGUGCUAACUGAAGGACUGUGUGAAGAAUACUAUUUCUGUAUAUUUUGUAUGUUAUCAUGGUCUGCACAUGUUUGUGCCAAUAGACAGUAUAGAAUUUAAAAAAAAAAAAAAAAAACAAGCAGUAAUCUGAAUAACACUGACAUGUCAAGUUAGGGAAAGAAAAUGGUAAUUGUGGUAAGGGGUUUCUUAAAUUAAGUUACGCAUUAAACCCUAACUAUUCUUUUUUUUGCUUUUUUAUUGCGUGUGAUGUGUAAAUAUUUAACUAGAGAGAUUUAUACACAAUUAUUUUAUUGUAUUUUAACUAAAUAAUUUUCUCUAAAAA